AUGCCUCCAACCGUGAUUCGCAUGCCGGGUUCUUCCGCUGCCAGUCCGCGUGGUGGAGGUGGACACUUCAACGAGCCUCGCAACCGUGGCAUACGAAUCGGGUGCUGUCGUGUUUGUACCUGUAUAAACUUGGAAUUUUUCAUGUCGAAGAAUGGCAUUCUGAAGAUUUUCGAGAUCAUACUUGGUUCAUUCUGCCAGACGUUGUUGAUACAAUUUGGUAUGGAUUCGGCUAAGGACAUCGGUGAGGCGUUCCACGGAUUUCUAACGACAGCUUCGGCCUGCCUGACGACGACAACGAUUUUACUCCUGUGCUACACGAUUUCGUCCAGGACGUUUCACCUGGUGCGGCAAUCCAUUUUCGAGGUGAUGUACAACGGGAUCUCCUGUUUCCUGUAUCUGAGUGCCUCGUCCUAUAUGGGCUUCGCGGUAAACGUUUGGCUGUAUCCGAAAUUUUUGCUGUUCAAAAACACAGGUGGAAUUCACAGCUCCUAUCCGGCAAUGACAGCAGUUUACUAUAUGGGCACAAUCGUUGGAAUUGUGUACGGAUUGGAUGCCUUUGUAGCAUUUAGAUAUUUAAAAGGAUACACGUAA